UAAACACGCCCGACCCCACACCAACAGCAUCGUCCAGUUACACAUCAGAAAACAUACCCACUCACAAGUCAACAGAAAAACAUAGUCGCAAACCAACAACAUAUAGUCAUACUCCCACAACAACACACAGACACACAAUAAAAACAGUUGCAACACAAUCUGAUAUAGCAAUACCUACAACGCAACCUGACGUAACAACUACAAGACAUGACACAACAAAUAAACCAAACACUGACAUAACAACAUCCACAAUACAACCUGACAUAAAAGCUACUACACAACUUGACACAGCAACUGAUACAACAGAAGCGACAGCACAAUCUGUCUUAACGACAGCUGCAACACAUCAUCACAUGACAGCUAUAACGAAACCUGCUACAGCAAUAGCUGCUUCAAAACGUGACAUAACAGCUACACCACCACCUGACUCAGCAACAGUUACAUCACAAACUGACCUUACAGCGGAUACAACACAGCCUGUUACAACAACUACA